AUGAAACAUAAAACUAUUACUUCAUCUUCUUUACAGGAAGUUCAUACUGCUAAUAGUGGAUUUCUUGUCCUUAUUGGACUAGUUAAUCUUACUGUUCAAAUUAAUCAUAUUUAUACAACUGUUGAUGCUUAUGUUACUCGUGAUCUUGUUUGUCCUAUGAUACUAGGUCGGGAUUGGAUUCAAAAGAACUAUGUUAAUAUUAAUUUUUUUUCCAAUCGGAUGUCCAUUUAUAAUGGUAUUUCGUCUAUUCCUUUAUUGCCUGCAUCUCGUAGUGUAUCAUUAGUUAUGUCAUUAUCACAUCCUGUUAUUAUUCCACCAUUUCAUGAAACAUUUAUCUCAGGGUAUGUUCCUAUUAAAACGUUAAAAGAUGUUUUAUUUAGACCCAAUAUAGCAUUACAACAUACUCGACUCGUUCUAAUUCCUCAUUCAAUUACACAUAUUAAUGAUCAUCACGGUAUUAUCUCCAUCAUCAACAACACUCGUCAUUCGAAAUCGAUUCCACGUAAUACACCACUUGGUUUUAUUUCUCCAAUAGAUUCAGUAGCUGAUAUUAAUACUAUUCAAGAACUAGCUAACACUUCUCGUCAUGUUUCUUCUGAACAUUCAAUUUUAUUUUCAUGUUCUCAUUGUAAUGUUCCAUUUUCUUCUGAAACAACAUUGUAUGAUCAUCUUCUUGAGUGUUGUAAUAAACAUUUAACAUGUACAACCAGAAUUAUUUCUAACUUAGUUGAACAUAUAACUGAUCCUGUUAAACAAAUGAAAGUUUAUUUAAUGCUACAUCAAUAUUACCAACUUUUUGAUGAUUCCUGUUUAAAAGGCAUUUAUUGUUCUCCACAAAAUGCUAUUAAUACAGAUUCUCAUGGUCCUUUAGCGGAACAUCCACGUAGAACUUCAUUUUUUAAUAAACAACUAAUUGCUGGUGAAGUAAAAAAAAUGUUAGAUAAUGGAAUUAUUAGUCCUUCUCAUUCACCAUGGGCGUCUCCUGUUGUAAUCGUAAAGAAACGUGACGGUUCACCUCGAUUUUGCAUUGAUUUCAGACGUUUAAAUUCUAUUACUCGGAAAGACGUCUAUCCAUUGCCUCGUAUUGACGAUGUUAUUGAUAAACUAAAUGGUUCUACAAUUUUUUCUAAACUUGAUCUUCGUAGUGGUUACUUUCAGGUUCCUUUAGCAGUAGAUGAACGUGAUAAAACAGCUUUUAUUACUGCUGACGGAUUGUGGGAAUUUAACCGAUUACCUCAAGGAUUGAAAAACUCACCGUCUGUUUUUCAACGAUUAAUGAAUCAGACUCUCGGAACAUUACGUUGGGAUAUCUGUCUUGCAUAUUUAGAUGAUAUUGUUGUUUAUUCAGCUUCCUUUACUCAACAUCUUAUGGAUGUGGAUAAAGUUUGUCAAGCAUUGCAUACAUCAAAUUUUAAACUAAAUUAUGAUAAAUGUUCAUUCUUUAAUCAAGAAAUUACAUUUUUAGGUCAUAAAAUUAAUAUGGAGGGGUGUUCACCUACGGAUGAUAAUGUUCGUGCUAUUCUUCAUUUUCCUGUACCUAAUUCAAGUAAAGCUGCUCAUUCUUUUUUACAAAUGAUUGGUUUUUAUAGGAAAUUCAUCCCAAGCUUUGCUCAAAUAUCUUCACCACUUAAUAAAUUUACUCGUAAAGGUUUUCCUUUUAUAUGGACGGAAGUUGAACAAUCUUCAUUUGAUCAAUUGAAAGUAGCCAUCACGUCUCCUGCUGUCCUUAUAUUACCUGAUCCUUCUCAAAUGUAUACUAUCAGAACAGAUGCUUCUCGUGUUGGUAUUGGUGCAGUACUACUACAACAACCAACGUCUAAUAAUAGUACUGAUUCAAAUAACUCAUCAUAUAAACCGGUGGCAUUCGCAUCAAGAAGUUUAAAACCAGCCGAAAAGAACUAUUCAGCUAUUGAACUUGAAGGUUUAGCUAUUUGGUGGAGUAUCACUCAAAAAUUUCGAUCAUAUAUUGAAGGUCAGCGCUUUAUCUUAGAAACUGAUCAUAAGCCGUUAUUGUCGUUAAUGAAAAAACCUUAUCAUAAUAGUCGUAUUGAGCGAUGGAUGACAAUGUUGCAACAAUACGACAUAAUUAUCAAGCAUAUCUCUGGCAAAGACAAUACCACUGCUGAUGCUCUUUCACGUUAUCCUGUUGAUAAACCUGAUGCUAUCGAAGAUGAAUCACCACAUCUUAUUACUUCGUCCACUCAAACUGAUGAUAAAUUAAUUAAUGUUGUUACAACUCGUUCAAUGAUGCGAAAACGCCCACCUUCUUCUCAUCCCACUACUUUAUUACCAUCUACUUCAUCUAAUAUAUCAUCUCCUCUACCAUCAACACUUACGUCAUUUACUAAUACACCUUCUUCAUCUACUAAUACAUCUUCUUCAUCUACUGAUACAUCUUCUUCAGCUAAUCAUACAUUUUCUUCAUCUAUCAAAAAUGUUCAAAUACUUUUUGAUCAUAAUACAUUAAAUCAACAUCAGAAUCAAGAUCCUUCUAUAUGGAAAAUUAAAAACACUUACCCAUUAGAUCCUAAAUAUACUAUGGAUAUUCAUCAUGUCUUGUCGAAGCUUAUCACUCGUAAAUCUGGACAAGUACUUUCACUUUGUUAUAUCCCUCCAUCAUUAAUUCUUAAUGUCUUAUUAGCUUACCAUGACUCUACAUUUAAUGGUGCGCACUUCGGGAUUAAACGAACUUUUUAUAAAGUACGUGAUCGUUUUUUUUGGCCGAACAUGUAUAAAGAUAUUAAACAACAUAUUCUUUCUUGUAUUCAUUGUCGAAAAAUUAAACCCUCUAGACGUAAACCUGAUGGACAUUUAGUAUCUAUUGAACCACCUCGUGGUGUUUGGGAACGGAUUGCAAUGGAUUAUGUAGGACCUGUCCCUGAAUCAGCAUCUGGCAAUAAAUAUUUUUUAGUGCUUACUGAUUUAUUUUCUAAAUUUAUCGUCACUAAAGCUGUUCCUGAUAACACUUCAACAACAGCCGCUAAAUUUUUGUUAUAUGAUGUAUUUAUGAUAUAUGGUGUUCCACUUGAAAUUCUUACCGAUAAUGGACAACAUUUUUCUUCUUCUUUAUAUGAAUCUUUACUCACGUUGACUGGAUGUUGUCAUAUUAAAACCACCCCUUAUAAUCCACAAGCAAACGGUCAAUGUGAGCGUCAUAAUGCUACUCUAUUACCUAAUCUACUUGCACUUUCUAAUCGUUCUAAAUCAAAUUGGGAUGACAAAUUAUUGCCAACCACGUUUAAUUAUAAUUCUACGCGACAUGAUUCUACUGGUUAUACACCAUUCGAAUUGAUGUUCGCUCGUCAUCCUCGUUUUAUAGCAGAUUUGAACUCUCCUUUAACGACACCCCAUAACAUUUCUCAUUAUCAUCAUACCAUGGAACAAUUUAUUGAACACGUGAAAAUUGCUGCUCGAGAAAAUACACGUCGAAAUCAACAUCUUGCCAAACAACGGUUUGAUCAAAAUCGAUCGAAUCCACAGUAUUCGGUUGGUCAAACAGUACUAAUUCGUAAUCGUAAUCCCUCCAUGAACAAAUUCUCAUUCAAAUUUAUCGGACCUUAUACUAUUAUUAAUCGUAUCAGAGAUAAAACAUAUAUUGUCCAACAUGAAGGUACAGGCCGUCGUGUACAAGUAACAGUACACGAUAUUCGAUCUCUCAAUUAG